GUGGAGUGUAACGUUCAAACUAGCAUAAACCAAAUCUUGAAUAAAUCUAAGAGUACAGAUCCCUUACCAGAUAAAUGGACAUUUAGCAAAUGAGAGAGUUCAAAAAUCAAAAUCAGCCUUGGAAGACGACAACCAGGGAGGGAUAAUGUCUUUACUCUCAACCACACUCCUUCUUCUUCUUCUAUUUUGUUGUCAUGUCUUCUCAGCUCCCCACUCAGUAGCCGCAGCAAGUCAGAGACAGAACAUCCCUGGCUUCAUCUACACAAGAAGCAGAGGAAGAUGCACUCCACAGUUCUGGAGUGGGAGGAGAGAGGCAUGGCCGCGUAUGGUACCGGAGACAUCAACGGUGACGAACGUAUUCGGGUCAAGAGUAUACGAACGGUACAGAUCUGAUCUGACAUUGCUGGAAGCCACGGAGAGGAACGACGAGGAAGGGAACCCCUUCAGAGCCUUGUUGAAGGAAGGCACCGCAGCGUUGCUGAACUCUUACGCCAGAGAGGGUUUCCCUUAUAAGCCAUGGCAGGUCAAGACUCUGCUCAUUCAAGCGUUGGUCUCUGAGGCUUCAGCUACUUCUCAAGCCAAGCACUUCUCAUUGGCUAAUCAUGCUUGCUCUUAGUUUGUUUGUUUUGAAGAUUCAUGGGAUUGGGAAGAGGAAUGGCUAUUGGCUUCUAAUUGUUUUGUUGGAAUCACAUUUUAGCCAUGUUUUCUGUAUUUUUGUGUGUGUGUGUUUUGCUUGUAUAUUAUAGACUGGAAAUGAGAAAUCACUACUCUAUGAUGUGAUUUGGAAUGUUAAGGAGGUUGAUCAUUGAAUCGAUGAUAUGUGGCUGGGAAUUUUGUGAUGAUGCAAAAUUGGAUUUCUUCA